UUUCGCCGCUGCCGCUUCCUCCCCCCCCCGUCGCGACCCCUCGAGCGGCUGAGGCGGGUAUCGUGGGAGGCGGAGCCGCCGCCGCCGUCCGGCUCUCCGUCGCAAGAGACGCCGCUGCGAGCGAGCGCUAGGCCGGGCCGCGGGCCCAACGCCGCCCUUCCCGUCUCCCUCGUCGGGAGGCCCAGCCCGGAGGAGAAGAAGCGGUUUUGAGACAUUGAAAUAACUUCAACAUGUUUAAUAAAUCUUUUGGAACGCCUUUUGGCGGCAACACAGGGGGAUUUGGGACAACUUCGACUUUUGGACAGAAUACUGGCUUUGGGGCAACCAGCGGAGGAGCCUUUGGGACGUCUGCCUUCGGAUCCAAUAACAAUGCCGGAGGACUCUUUGGUAGCACUCAGACCAAGCCAGGAGGGCUCUUUGGGGCAAGUACUUUCAGCCAGCCAGCCACGUCAUCCACUAGUACCGGUUUUGGUUUCGGCACGUCAACUGGAACUUCCAGCGGCCUGUUCGGGACCGCAAGCACAGGGGGAGGCCUCUUCUCCACCCAGAGCAAUGCCUUCGCCCAGAACAAGCCGGUGGGGUUUGGCAAUUUUGGGACAAGCACCAGCAGUGGAGGAUUGUUUGGCACCACUAACACAGCCUCCAAUCCAUUUGGGGGCACAUCUGGCUCCCUUUUUGGGGCUACAAGCUUUUCCACCGUCCCUACUGGCACCACGAUUAAAUUCAAUGCACCAAACGGUACGGACACCAUGGUCAAGUCUGGUGUCAGCACCAACAUCAGCACCAAGCAUCAGUGCAUCACCGCUAUGAAGGAGUAUGAAAGCAAAUCACUCGAGGAGCUCCGUUUGGAAGACUACCAGGCCAACAGGAAAGGCCCCACCAACCCAGUGGGAGCUGGAGCCACGCCAGGCUUAUUUGGAUCGUCAACCGCUACGUCCAGCGCGGCCACAGGACUCUUCGGCUCCUCCACCACCAACACAGGAUUUUCGUACGGGGCAAGUAAGACAGCCUUUGGAACCAGUACCACUGGUUUUGGGACAGGAACCGGAAGUCUCUUUGGUUCGAAUCAGCCGACACCCAGCCUCUUCAAUAAACCUUUUGGUCAGCCCACCACCGCCCAGAACACGGGUUUUUCGUUCACCAACACCAGCACCCUUGGACAGCCCAACACGAACACGAUGGGCUUGUUUGGAGCUGCCCAGCCCACCCAGACCGGAAGCAUUUUUGGCACAGCAGCCAAUACCAACACAGCAGCUGCGUUUGGAACAGGAACCGGACUCUUUGGGCAGCCCAACACCGGGUUUGGUGUUGGUGGCUCGUCUCUCUUUAGUAACAAGCCUGCUGGCUUUGGCACCACAACCACCAGCGCACCCUCGUUCGGGACAACGACAACUGGACUUUUCGGGUUCAAUGCAAACACCACAGGAAACAGCCUCUUUGGAAACAAGCCUGCAACCGGGGCUCUGGGUCCAGGCCUCGGGGCGGGAUUUGGGACAGCCCUUAAUCCAGGGCAGAAUUCACUCUUUGGCAGCACGCAGCCCAAGCUAGGGGGCACGCUGGGGACAGGAGCCUUUGGUGCCCCUGGAUUUAACACAUCAACUGCCACAUUGGGCUUUGGAGCUCCACAGCCUGCUGUGGCUCUGACAGAUCCCAACGUCUCUGCGGCCCAGCAGGCCGUUCUGCAGCAGCACCUCAACAGCUUGACCUACUCACCCUUCGGGGACUCGCCUCUCUUCCGAAACCCCAUGUCUGACCCGAAGAAGAAGGAGGAGAGGCUGAAGCCAACCAAUCCGGCGGCCCAGAAGGCACUGACCACCCCAACACAUUACAAACUGACUCCCCGCCCGGCAACUCGUGUGCGCCCCAAAGCUUUGCAGACAAGCGGCUCCUCCAAAUCCCACCUUUUCGAUGGUCUGGACGACGAUGAGCCUUCUCUGACCAAUGGGGCCUUCAUGCCCAAGAAGAGCAUUAAGAAGCUGGUUUUGAAGAACCUCAACAGUGGCAGCCUCUUCUCUCCCGGCGGUGCUGAAGUGGAUGACAUUGCCUCGCCUUCCAUCUAUCCUGAGAACGGGGAUCGGUCGGUUAGUGAGAACCAUAGACAGGACGAGGAGCAGGAAGACGACAGCUACUCCCGGGAAAUGUCCAGGUUCUUAACCAACGUCAUUACCAAGCCCCUGCCCCAGACUCCAGAGAAUGCCCCACACAAGCAUCACAACAACAGUGUGGACGACACCCUCCUGGCCCUGAAUGUGCGGCCGGCGCUGCGGAACGGGCUGGAAAACAGCCUGGAGGAAGCUUCCUACCACGAGGAGUCCCUGCAGGAGGACCUGGACAAGGAGAGCGAAGACCAGCUCCAUUCCACCCAUCCGGCAGGAAUUGUCUUGACACGAAUGGGCUACUACACCAUUCCCUCCCUGGAGGAGCUAGCCAGAAUGACCAGUGACAUGGGAGAGUGCAUCGUGACCGACUUCACUGUUGGCCGUAAAGGCUACGGCUCCAUCUACUUCGAGGGCGAGGUCAAUGUGACCAACCUGAACCUGGAUGAGAUCGUGCACAUCCGCAGGAAAGAGGUCAUCGUGUACCCAGAUGAUGAAUUGAAGCCCCCCAUCGGGGAGGGCUUGAACAGGCGAGCCGAAGUCACCUUGGAUGGAGUUUGGCCCACGGACAAAACCUCGCGUUCCGUGAUCAAGAGCCCAGAACGGCUGACAGAAAUGAACUACGAAGGCCGACUGGAAGCCGCCUCUCGGAAACAGGGAGCCCAGUUUAAGGAGUACCGCCCCGAAACGGGUUCAUGGGUAUUCAAGGUGGCCCACUUCUCAAAGUACGGCCUGCAAGACUCCGAUGAGGAAGAUGAGGACAACCUAGCCAAAGUGGAGGCUAAGAAGUUAAAAACUGCUCAGGUGCCUCUGCCGGGCCAGCUUAUGUCUCAGCAAAUGGCUGCAGCUGGGAAGUUGGCACCUCCUUCCAAGAGCCCCGAGGCUGACCAUCUGGGGAAGGGGGUCGAAUUCGACAGCGACAUGGCAGACAUCACCCAAGAGCUGCUUCCUGAGUCCCUGGCGGAAGAGAAUCUGGUGGAAGAACAGGAGCCAGUGCCGGCCUCGACCCAUAUUGCGUCCUCCCUGGACAUCAACCCUCACACGCUGCAGAUCAUGAAGGCUUCUUUGCUGGCAGAUGAGGAAGAACUGGACUGGAUGACGGAUCCCCAGUUUGGCAAGGCAGCUGCCGAAAUGGACCUUUCCCAAGAGAUCUGCUCUCCGAGGCUUCCCAUCUCCUCCUCCUCACGAGGAUGGAAAAGUCGCCCCCCAGGCAGCAGGCUGCUGCAGUCACGACUCUCCACCGGCUCUUUCCUGCUCCCAAGCGCCUCCCUCCAGGACAGCCGCAGUCCGAGGACUUCCUCAAUGGGCGGGGCUUUGCCCGCCCCGCCUUGGGCUGCUCUUUCUCCCCUGGCCUCCGCCUUCGUCAUGCCUCGCUCGGCUACUGAAAUGCCCCUGAAGACCGUGGGCAUCCGCAGGCAGCCAGGCCUGGUGCCCCUGAAGAAAUCGAUCGCCUACGGGAAAGGACGGCUGCUGAAGGACAUGGCCCUCUUCAUGGGACGCUCCUUCCGGGUGGGCUGGGGGCCCAACUGGGUUUUGGCCCACGGCGGAGACCGCUUGAGCCCCCUGAGCGAGCCAGAAGAUCACGGGGAGGCCACAGAGUACGGAUUCUUGCCAGCCCCCGUGGCACCCAAGCAGGUCUCCGAGUCCCCCUUCAAGGUCCACCUGGAGAAGCUGACCUUGGACGGCAAGCCAACCGACCGCGUCUACCUCCUCCCGUUAGAGAUCAAGCUGAAGCACAGCACCAUCCACCUGGAUGACCCCUGCCCCUUCCUGGCCCCCAACCCCGGCGUGGCAACCAUCCAUGAAUAUGCCGCCUGGGCCUCGGAGGCGUCGGAAGACGCAGAAGAAGAAGAAGAAGCGGUGUUGAGGGCCUGGGGCCUGGUCUGGCGCUUGUGCGAGGCGCUCUGGGGCCGCCUGAAAGAGCUGGAGGGGCGCCUGGAGGAGCCCGGGGAGUACGGGCUGCUGCUGGAGCGCCGGAGGGCCUUCUCCCACUGGCUCUCCCGGACGGCGGCUGAGCGGAUCCAGGAGGAGGUCUCGCUCCGGCAGAAUGACAGCCCCGCCGAGGCCGUCUUCAGCUACCUCACCGGGAAGCAGAUCGGCAACGCCUGCCGCCUGGCUCAGCAGUCUGGGGAUCUCCGCCUGUCUCUGCUCCUCUCCCAGCUGGUGGGCAGCCAGGAGGUCCGGGAGCUGUUGGCCCUGCAGUUGGCCGACUGGCACCAGCUCCAAGCGGACGGCUUCAUCCAGGACGAGCGGCUGCGGAUUUUCUGCCUCCUGGCUGGCAAACCGGUGUGGCAGUUAUCCGAGAAGAGAACCAUCAACGUUUGUUCCCAACUGGACUGGAAGCGCUCUCUCGGGGUCCACCUGUGGUACCUGCUGCCUUCGACGGCCCCCCUUUCGAAGGCCCUCAGCAUGUACGAAGCCGCAUUCCAGGUCUCCCCAGACGGAGAGAGAUACGCGUGCCCUCCGCUGCCUCCCUACCUAGAAGACUCGGGCUACGUGGUGGAGAACGACAACGCACAACGCCCGCUGCGAGACGUGUGUUUCCACUUGCUGAAGUUGUAUAGUGACAGGUGCUACGACUUACAUCAACUGCUGGACCCCCGCAGCAUCACCGCAGACCCCUUGGACCACCGUCUCAGCUGGCACCUGUGGGAAGCACUCCGAGCCUUGAAUUACACCCACCUGUCCGAGCAGUGCCAGGGGGUGCUGAACGCCAGCUACGCAGCCCAGCUGGAGAGGGAGGGGCUGUGGGAGUGGGCCGUCUUCGUCCUGCUUCACACCUCCAACGCUCAAACGCGGGAAAGAGCCGUGCGGGAGCUGCUGAACCGUCACUGCAAACUGCUGGAGUUGCCCGAGUCCAGGGACAAGGAGGCCUUCCUGACGCAGAAGCUGUGCGUCCCCCCGGAGUGGAUCUACGAGGCGAAGGCCCUCUGGGCCCGGAGGGAGGGGGACAAGACCUGCGAGGCCCUCUGCCUCUUCAAGGCCGGCCACUGGAACCAGUGCCACCAGCUGGUGGUCAGGCACUUGGCUUCUGACGCCAUCAUUAAUGAGAAUUACACCUACCUGAAGGGAUUCUUGGAAGACCUGGCCAGUCCCGAGCGCUGCAGCCUCAUUCAGGGUUGGGACACCGCCGGGCUGGUUUUCUUGGACUACCUCCAGGUCAUCGAGAUGGUCAGCAGGAUUCAGCAGCUGGACUGCACCGGCUAUGAGCUGGAGGAGAUCCACUCCAAAGUGAUCUCCCUCUGCAGCAGGAUAGAGCUGGUCCAAUGUCACGGUGCCAAGGACAGGCUGGCUCAGUCGGAAAUGGCCAAGCGCAACGCAGACAUCCUCCGAGUGGUGCUGAGCUUGCAGCACCCUCCGGAUACGGCCUCCGGCGCCACCCCCGACGUGCAGAGGGUCCCCCUGCGCCUGCUGGCCCCCCACAUCAGCCGGCUCCCCAUGCCGGAAGACUACGCGCUGGAGGAGCUCCGCGGGCUGACCCAGUCCUACCUUCGGGAACUGAUGGUGGUGGCCCAGUGAUGAAGCCGCCCUGCCUGCGAGUCGGGGGUCCUGCUGCACCAUCGGGCGCCCCUUUGGACCCAGUGGGGGGUACAGGACGCAGCCUGCCUUCCUGCUUUUGUGGGGGGCACGGCUACCGCCAUCUUGCUUGCAAGGGAGGGAGGGAGGGGCGCAGGAAGCUUAAGGCCCGGCUCUGUGGUGAGACCCCCGUGAGCCCUCCCUCCCCUCCCAGCCGCUUUGUGGUCUCAAUAAAGUCUGCUGCCGCAGAACCCCGCAGUGGUGACCGGUCCCCGCUGGUCUGGCGUUUGGCAGGCGGAAGAAGAGAGGGCAGCAGCAGCAGCAGCAGCGGCUGAGACCUUCCUUGGCUCACUCGAGAGGCAGAUGCUAGGAAUCAUUGUGUGUAAAUAGUCCCUGGUUCAGCCGGGCUCUGCCUGGAGACUUGGUCAGGGAGGGGAAGGGGAUGGCCCUGGAGGGAGGGGGCUCGGUGGCCAUCACGGCAGCAGCAUCUUUUCAUGAGUGCCUCCUCCCCAUCGGUUGGCCCAAGCAGAGAAGCCGAGGCCCAGGCCGCUUGCUUUGGCUUUCGCCCAGGGCUGGAGAGGCUGGGGAAGGCCCCCUUUGAAGACCCUCCCCCCAGCAAGGUGGUCUCUCCCUCUUGAGGCCAGGGCAGCCCCUGAGGAGGGGGACAGUCAGAAGCCGGCCCGUCCGUCCGUCCACUCGUGGGGAGGGGGUCUGUGCGUCCACCAUAUGCCCAGGGGACCGGCUUAACCCUUUGCACAAUCUCGGCCGGGGUCGGCGGGGGCUGCAGCUGGAUCAGGGAGGGAGGGAGGGAGGCGGGCCGUGUGCAUGUGUGCUUGACUGCGUGUCUUGAGGGGGGGUGCCAGAAAAGUCGUUAGGCAUGAAGAUUAUGUAAAGGUUUUUAUUAAAAGUAUAAAUAAAUGAUCCAAAUUAUUUUCUUGUCUGUUUUUCUGGAAAUACUUUCUACAAAAAAAUAAAAUGUUUAUAGCAUUUUU